AUGCCCUCAGCUCCGGGAAUUCCAGGUGGUCCUUCACGUCCAGGACGACCAUCAAUUCCAGGCAAUCCCGGCAAUCCGUCCAAUCCACGUUCUCCCUUGAUACCAGGAAUUCCAGGUGCUCCAGCUGGGCCAUCGUCACCGCAGUCACCAGGUGCACCAGGAAUGCCGUCCAGACCUGCCGUUCCCGGCAGUCCUGGAGGUCCAGGGUAUCCUUCAUCUCCAGGAGGUCCCCGUGGACCAGGAAGUCCGUCUUUGCCUGGGUAUCCAGGCAGUCCCGGUUCUCCACGCUCGCCUUUGAGACCUGGUAUUCCAUCUCGUCCUUGGAAUCCAGAAUCUCCUUCAGGUCCAGGAGAUCCAGGCAGACCAGGUGCUCCUGGGUAUCCAUCGUCUCCGCAAUCACCCUCCACUCCAGGUACUCCAGGAAGUCCAUCUAGGCCAGGUGCUCCGGGAUAUCCCGCUUCACCACCUUCUCCUUUCAGUCCUGGGAUUCCAGUCAUGCCAGGAAGACCAGGAAGUCCAUCCGGUCCAGGGAAUCCCGGCUUUCCAGGCAAUCCCUUCAAGCCGCAGUCACCGCUUUCACCAUCAGGACCAGGAGGUCCUUUGUAUCCGUCCACACCUGGCACGCCAGCGUCUCCCUUCAGUCCAGGAAGACCAUCAGGGCAGUAUCCGCAGUCAUCUCCUCGGGGACCCUUGUCUCCUGGGGCUCCCGGCAGACCAUCGAGACCGAUUCUUCCUGCAAUAGGACCUGGAUAUCCGUCUGCGCCAUUGACACCCAUCAUUCCGGGCGGUCCAACAGGCCCGUCGCGACCCUUCUCUCCUUUUACUCCUGCAAAGAACUAA